CCCGCACAGCCCUGUCGGAUGCAGCUAGGCCAGCAGCUAGCUGGGCAGGCGAUACGCCGAGCAAGCACACACCCACACCCACACGAGCAGCCACACACAGACGCCCACUGGAUAUAUGGGGAUCAGCAAGGUGUGUAUGUGUGUGUGUCGGUGCUUUUUGCAGAAGAGACCAGAGACAAGCUGGAAGACAGGGGGUGGGUAGCUGUAUCUUGCUCUGCUUGACUCGACUCGGCUCUAGAACACGAGGGCUGCACUACUAGCUGCUAUUACUAAACAUGGGUAGGUAGGAUGGUUCUGCAACAA